AACCAAGAUUAGAUUCGGCCCUAUUUGAUAAGUGCUGCAUCUGGACCUCUAGUCUAGAACCUUCCCUCUCUUUCUCCAAACAAACGAAGCCCUGAAUAAACCCUAGUAGCCUUCCAUUCUUCCACCGACCAAGAGAAGUGACGUCGUGACGCGAGAGGAGGAGGAGAAGAAGAAGAAGGAUAAGAGCGAUGGCGGAAGAGCAGCAGCUGAGGCUGGACCUGGAGGAGCUUCGCUAUCUCGAGUCCAUCGCCAAGAGGCCCCGCGUCCUCUCCCUCCUCUCUUCCGAGAUCCGUAACCUCGACGCCAAGUUGUCGCAGGUUACUGCAGCAGUUGCUGCAUCAGCAGCGCAGCCUUCGGUAUCUGCCGAAAAGGCUCCCGCUGCAGCCAGCGCUUUGAAUUAUGUCACGCUUGGAUCGUUUAGCUGGGAUCAAGACAAUGACAAGAUCAAGCUCUAUGUAUUUCUUGAAGGUGUACAAGAAGAGAGGAUGGAGACUGUUUUUAAGCCUAUGUUGGUGGACAUCAUGUUUCAUGACGUCCAAGGGAAAAAUUACCGAUUCUCUAUACCAAAAUUAAACAAAGAAAUAGUUCCUGAGAAAUGUAAAAUGGUGGUCAAGCCAACGAAGGUUAUUGUUACCCUGUUCAAAGCUUCGAAAGGAAACUGGUUAGACCUGCACUUCAAAGAUGACAAGCUAAAGCCAGGUCUGGACAAAGAUAAGGACCCAAUGGCGGGAAUUAUGGAUUUGAUGAAGAACAUGUACGAGGAAGGUGAUGACGACAUGAAACGAACAAUUGCCAAAGCUUGGUCUGAUGCAAGAUCUGGGAAAACAGCCGACCCGUUGAGAGGAUACCCUUGAUCGGGUGCAAAUACUGUUACUAAUCGUCUUUCUUAAACUUGUGGAUUAUUAAGUGUUUGGGAGCGCGUUUCUCAGGCAUGCUUGUUUUUUAUAUUGAAUUUGCCGCUUGUCUCUGGUGUGCGGGUAUGUUAGUGAGGUUUUCAGGGCCGGUUGCGAGAGUAUUAAGCCAUUCAAGAGAUGUCGAGAUUAGAGAUUUAAAGGAAUGUACCAACUGGUUGGCUGCAUGGUACCUUUUAGUUUGGCCCAGCUUUGUCUGCCCUGGUUCCUGAACCACCAUUAAAUACGCUUGGUUUUAUUCGUUCGUAACUUCCUUUUGAAU